UGAGCGGAGUGGCGGUGAUGCGGCGCGCUGACGGCGGUGAGAGAGAGAGAGCAGGAUGGGACACAAGCAGAGCACGUUCACCGACGAGCAGCUGGAGGCGUUUCAGGACUGCACCUUCUUCACCAGGAAAGAGAUCCUGCGGUUACACGGCAGGUACCGAGAACUCGCUCCACAUCUAGUGCCGCUGGAUUACACCAACAACCCCGAGAUCAGAGUCCCUCUGACGCUGAUCGUCACCAUGCCGGAGCUCAAGGAGAACCCUUUCAGGGACCGGAUCGUGGAGACGUUCUCCGAGGACGGACAGGGGAACCUCACCUUCAACGACUUUGUCGACUUGUUUUCUGCACUUUGUGAAACUUCUCCUCGAGAACUCAAGACCAUCUACGCCUUCAAGAUCUACGACUUUAACAGGGACAGCUUCCUCUGUAAGGAGGACCUGAGACAGACGGUGAAUAAGCUGACCAAAGGGGAGCUAAGUCCAGAGGAGGUGACACUGGUUUGUGAUAAGUCCAUUGAGGAGGCGGACCUGGACGGAGACAGGAAGCUGUCCUUCUCAGACUUCGAGAACAUGAUCUCAAAGGCUCCUGACUUCCUGAGUAACUUCCACAUACGAAUAUGAGACAGCAGCAGCUGAGGACGGACGUCUCACCUGGACUUGGUGCCUGUCCUCUCUGGAGACAGUCUGCUGAGGACUCAGAGACUCAAAAGGACAUUCAGAGAGGAAGACGCUGCAUGAAAACUCUCUUUGUUUGGAGCCACAAACCAACACGGGGCUAAUUUAUACCAGGACGCCGUCUGAUGUCUCCUCGCUGGGGGACAGACUGGUGGACAGACCGGUGGGACAGAGUGGACAGGGCUUUUCUGACUUCAGUGCUUUGGUAAAGCACAGUUUAAGGGCAGACCGCUGUAGAAGCUUCUGGUGCAAACUGACAAUCAUGAAUCAUGAAUCGUUCUGAUGGAAGGGCUCUCAUCAUCGCUGACUCAGCUUUUUAACCUUUUAGAACAGCUUUCACUGUUUUCUGCCUAGAAUCUAAUAAAACAUUUUCCUGUUGCUCCAUGAAGGUUUUUAUUAUCACAGAGCAAAGAUGAGGUUCCCUUUAGAUAUACAUACAUAGAUAUUAUAAAUAUUCAUACAUAGAGAUUAUAUCCAUAGAGACAGAAAGCUGUUUUAUUAGUUAUCAUUUAUUACAGUUUAUGUUAAAGUUACGACUCAAACUGAUGAAAUAUGAAUCAGAUUGUAGUUCAGUAAAAACGUGUUCAGUUAUGUUUGAAUCACAUGUUUAAUGUGUUUCACUCUGCUUGGAAACAGUUCAGGGCUUUUUAUAGUAAUUCAGUGUCUUUUUUAUAAUUUUGUAUCUUGUUUGGUCAUUUUACUUUUUUUUUUGGCUCAAUCUUUUAGGUAUUUUUAUAUAUGUUUUAUGUAUUUAUUUAUUUAUUUUACCUUUUUUGUAUUUUUCAAAUCUUUUUUUCAUCAUUUUACUGUUUUUUGGCAUAUUUUACAUAUUUUUUGG